CUCAGUCCCCUAACCUUCUCCUUAGGUAGCAAAGGUGAUGGCCAAAAGAAGGAAACAACCUCAACAAACCCUAACCCUAACAUCACUGCAUCUCAGCGGUUCUCUUCCGUUCGAUUUGGUGGUUGAUAUACUGUGUAGACUCCCUGUCAAACACCUCCUUCAACUCCGUUGCGUCUGUACAUCAUGGAAUUUUAUUAUCUCUCGAGAUUCCGAGUUUGCCAAGAAGCACUUCCGCUUGUCAACCUCCAGCCACGACCGCCACCACCUCAUCCUAUCUUCAUCUAAGUUCCUUCUUUCACAUUCCUCAAUUUCCUCUAUAUUCACCUCCACAUUCACUACUGCUACUUCUACUGUCAAACAGUUCGGUUACGGUAAAAGAAGUAUUCUUAACAAAAUAGCAGAUCGGAAUAGCGCUUCCACCUGUGACGGCAUCCUAUGUUUUAAGAUACAUGAUACUUUGGCUCUGGUGUGUAACCCUUUCAUUCGAAAAUUCAAAAGAUUGCCUCUUCUGAAAUUUCCACACCAAUUCCUUACCUCAUAUACCUUAGUGUAUGAUCGUUUCACUAAUAGUUAUAAGAUUAUUGCUGUUACUGAUAGUUAUAAGAUUAUUGCUGUUAAUGCAAGUAGAAUGAAAUACGAAGUCAGCGUUCAUACAUUGGGUACUCGUUGUUGGAGAAGGAUUUUGGACUUCCCAGGUCCUGACCUCAUUCCUAAUUCUGGAUCAGGAACAUUUUUUAAUGACUCCGUUAAUUGGUUGACACGUGAUACUAUUGAUCGGGCGUAUUUAAUUAUUUCUCUUGAUUUGGAGAAAGAGUCCUAUCAAAAGCUUUCAGUGCCAGUCUUUGAUGUGGAUUUCCCAAUUUCUAUGAUGAGUACCUUAGGGACAUUGAGGGGUUGUUUGUCUCUCCUCUCUCCCAGGGACACGUUUUAUGAUGUUUUGAUUAUGAAGGAAUACAGUGAUGAAAAUUCUUGGAUUAAAUUGUUCAGUGUUCCUCAAACGAAUCCAUGGGGUGAUUGUCACUAUACCAAGGUAUUAUAUAUUUCAGAAGAUGACCAAGUGUUGAUGGAGUUUUGCAAGGGUUGGACUGAGACGGAAUAUAGUUUGGUGGUUUAUGAUUCCAUAAAUAAUACAUUCAAGAUUCCGAAAUUUCAAAACAACAUCCAUGGUCAUAUGGUGGCAAACGAAAUCUAUGUUGAGAGCUUGAUUUGUCCUUUCUAGAUGUUGUGCUAUGGGACCUGCUCAUCUUGUUAUUUAUUUCAUGCUUAUUUUGAUUACUAGUGGUGAUUUAUUUCGUUACUCUUAGUUUAUGUUAUUUUUAUUUGUUUGUAAGUUAGAGCUGUCGGUUUUGUCAUUGCACAUUACAUUUUCUCAAUUUUGUUUUGUGUAUCCUUAGUUGGUUUCUAUAUUCCGCUACAAUGUUUGAAUCACAUUUUGUUU